AAAACUAUGCGCACAGCUAAUCUAGGCAGUUUUGUAUAUAUCACGUUCCCUCGAUAACUUUUUCCUCGAAAGACGCCUCCUCUCUUCUUACAAGAGGAAUCCUAUAAAUCUCAAGUUUCUGGAUUCACAACUCUCUAAUCCACCCACAGAAACCAGAACCUCAUCAGGAAACAGUUUCAGUAGUUAUUCCAUUUAGGGGCUGAAACUUGCUUUUCCCUUUGGAAAAAAGGGUCGUAAAUCCUCCGUAGGCAUCUCAUCCCUGACAUCAAUCCCUGCUUCUAUAAGCAGCAACCAGCCAACCAACCAUGGAUAAGUCUUUAACAACUCUGUUGUUUUCUUGCGCUUUAUUGAUCUCCUUAUGUGUCCCAUCUCUGGCUCAAACUUGCGGAAACUAUACUUUCUCUGGAAACCGAUCGUACAGCACUUGCAAUGACCUUCCACAGUUGAGCUGUUCUCUUCACUGGAAUUACCACCCAUCGAACUUGACAGCUGAUAUUGCAUUUCGCAAAUCUGGAGCAUCGACAUCUAACUGGAUAUCAUGGGCUCUAAAUCCUAGCCGGCAAGCGAUGGCUGGUUCACAGGCUCUUGUAGCGUACCAACACCCCAAUGGCUCCAUUCUUGCUUACACUACCCAGUUAAAUAAAAACCCAAAUAUGCAACCUGGUAGAUUGAGUUUCGAUGUCCCCAGUAUUGCCGCGGAGUUUUCCUCCAAUGGGGAUAUGAUAAUAUUUGCAACACUUCAGCUUACAGAUAGCUUGCGUUUGACCAACCAAGUUUGGCAAGAAGGUCCUAUGAAUGGAGGUAAUCCUGGUGAACAUCCCACCAACGGACAAAAUGGGAAAUCGAUGGGGACUGUAGAUUUUAUAAAUGGAUCAGUAACAACAACCGGUGGAACUACCUCAAAACAACGAAAGAGAAAUGUUCAUGGAGUAUUAAAUGCAGUGAGUUGGGGAAUUCUUAUGCCUGUGGGAAUCAUUAUAGCUAGGUACCUAAAGGUGUUCAAGUCAGCAGGUCCAGCAUGGUUUUACCUGCAUGUUAUGUGCCAAACUUCUGGUUAUGCUGUCGGUAUUGCUGGAUGGGCGACUGGUAUAAAACUCGGAAGCGAUAGUCCUGGAAUUUCCUAUGAUACCCACAGAAAUCUUGGCAUGAUCAUCUUCGCCCUUGGAACCCUUCAGGUGCUUGCCUUGCUUUUGAGGCCAAAGCCAGACCACAAAUACAGACUGUAUUGGAACAUAUACCACCACACCAUCGGAUAUACUACCGUGAUUCUGAGCAUUGCUAACAUCUUUGAGGGAUUUGAUGUUUUGGACACUGAGGAUAACUGGAAAAAGGCUUAUACUGGUGUUCUAAUAUUUCUUGUGGUUGUGGCGGCUAUUAUGGAAGCAGUUACUUGGUUCAUUGUCAUUAAGAGAAAGAAGGCUGCAAGUUCUGAUAAGCAUGUUAAUGGAGAAAAUGUAUAUGGCUCCAGGGCACAGCAGACUGCGUAACUGAUGGUUGGUUUAACAUCAAUUAACAUGCUCUGUGUUAUAUGUAUACACCUGAUUAGAAGUUCAUUAGCGAGCUUCGGUUUUUUUGUUUUUAUUUCUCGGCAUUCUAUUACAUGACGAUUGAUGUAUUUUUGGAUCACAUAUAUGAUUUAAUAGAGCUUGUAUUUGUUUUA